AUGAGCAAGAAGAAGACUAGUCAGGUUCAUUGUAUUCCCUCUGGUGAUCAAAUUCUCAUGACGGCUUCAACUUCAAAACACAUUUCUCAGAUCAGAUUGUACAAAGCCUGGAAGGGUAACAACAGAUUUUUCUGUGGUGGAAGACUAAUCUUUGGCCCUGAUGUAUCAUCUCUGUUCCUAACAUCGUUCUUGAUUGGAGCUCCUGCGUUUACGUUCUGCAUAAGGAUGCUCGUGUGGAUCAGAAAUGGCGAUCCUUUCUUCAACUACACCGUUUUGACUUCAGCAUUUAUCCUCACCCUCUUGGAUUUUACGUUUCUAAUGCUGACAUCAGCUAGGGAUCCAGGGAUCAUCCCAAGGAAUAAACUAUCAAUGAGUUUUGAAGAUGAUUCAGAUAGUUCUUUGACACAAUCUAUGGAAUGGGUCAACAACAAAACUCCUAACCUCAAGAUUCCAAAAACAAAAGACGUUUUCGUUAACGGGUACACAAUCAAAGUCAAGUUCUGUGAAACUUGCCUUCUCUAUCGUCCACCUCGAGCAUCACAUUGCUCCAUCUGCAACAACUGUGUCCAACGAUUUGAUCACCAUUGUCCUUGGGUUGGACAAUGCAUUGCCCGACGAAACUACCCCUUCUUCAUAUGCUUCAUCUCAACUUCAACAUUGUUAUGCCUAUAUGUCUUUGUGUUCUCGUGGAUCAAUCUAGUCCGACAGCCAGGGAGAUUAUGGAGGACAAUGUCUUAUGACAUAGUCUCUGUCAUUCUUAUCGUCUAUUCAUUUGUUGCUGUCUGGUUCGUUGGUGGCCUUACCAUUUUCCACUUCUAUCUUAUGUCUACAAAUCAGACAACAUAUGAGAAUUUCCGGUACCGCUAUGAUAAGAAAGAAAAUCCUUACAAGAGAGGAUUGCUGAAGAAUGUUAAAGAAGUGUUCUUUGCCAAGAUCCCGCCUUCGCAACUAGAUCUCAGAGCAAUGGUCCCGGAAGAAGAUGACAUGACAAUAGACGGAUCUGAGUAUCAGUCAGAGUAUAGCUCCUCCGUGAGAUAUGACACAGAAAUGGGAGGCAAGCUAACUAAAAGGGAGAGCCCUAAGAAGCUUCCUUUGCCCACACGGAAUUUAGAUAUCAGUGAGAAUAGUGAUGACUACGACAGACCUAAGACGUCUAGAGAGGAUGCCUCUGAGCUUGAUCCUUCAUUCUUCUCAUCUCAAAUAGACUUGCCCAAGUAA